UUUUCGUUUUGCCUUGGUUUUGCCAUACUACUUUGCGAUUGUGUCACUGUGUGUGUUGUGGACUGUCAUGGUGUAUUGACUAUUGACCAUUUUUCACGACGGAAAAUAUAAUUUUCAAAGUCAUAUCCAUGUAAUGUGUGAUUAGUUAAUUACCGUCGUUAAUAUAACUAAUUUAACAAUUACGCUCUAUAAUUAAUAGUGGGAAGAUUGACUUGAAAUGAUAUAAUUAAAGCUGUAUCGACAUAAAAAUCAUGAAUCCUAUCCUGGGUUUCGUUUCUUUUCUUUUUUAUUUUGUAGCUGUAUGUCAGGGAUCAGGCACGGAUAUUGAGUUAGAUGCGAAAGCGACGUUGUUACAUCGAAUAGACAGUUUGAAUCUGUUGAUAUAUACAUGUCUUCUUACUCUGACCGUUCUUACUAUAUGGGUUUUCAAGCACCGUCGAGUCAGCUGGCUUCAUGAAACAGGACUGGCCGUAAUAUAUGGUCUGAUUGUGGGUGCAAUAAUUCGCUAUGCGGGCAGUUCAAAUCACAUCACCUACAUUGAUGUGUCCCCUAAUGUGGACACAAAGUACAACUUGUCUGUACCACCAGACAUGUUACGUUUCCACUUUCCUGAUAAGAUUCCAAUAUCACCUGGAGAUGCUCCAGUGCCAAACAAGACCUACGCCUACAGCUUUAGAGGAGAAAUAGUCAAUGUGGAACAGAACGAAAUAGAUUUGAAGGCAACAUUUGAUCCUGAGAUAUUCUUUAACAUUAUUCUACCUCCUAUUAUAUUUCAUGCUGGAUACUGUCUUAAGAGGAAAUAUUUCUUCCGCAACUUGGGAGCCAUUUUGACAUUCGCGAUGGUUGGUACUGCUUUGUCGGCUCUAGUCAUCGGAUCUCUGAUGUACGGGUGUGUUCAACUGAUGCCAGCGUCGUUGGCAGCGAGUUUCACUUUCCUGGACACCCUGUAUUUUGGUGCAUUGAUCUCGCCCACCGACCCUUUGACUGUUCUUGCCAUAUUUUCACAAUUGAAGGUGGAUGUGAAUUUAUACGCGAUGAUAUUCGGAGAGAGCGUGCUCAAUGACGCCGUUGCCUUGGUGCUCAGCGGAGCUAUACAAAACUACGAAACACGAUACUCUAAAGAUGGCGGAUUCGAAAUAACGGCAUUUUUGGGUGCGAUCGGCGAUUUCAUAGGAAUCUUCAGUCUUUCUCUACUCGUCGGUGCUUUCAUGGGCUGUUUGACUGCAUUGAUGACGAAGUUCACGCACGUCCGCGAGUGGCCGCUGCUGGAGUCGGCGCUGUUCGUGCUCAUGUCGUACGCCGCCUUCCUCAUCGCGGAGGUCUUCGAGCUCACAGGUGUGGUGGCGGUGCUGUUCUGCGGCAUAUGUCAGGCGCACUACACAUACAACAACUUGUCGUCGGACUCGCGCAACCGCACCAAGCAGCUGUUCGAGCUGUUGAACUUUCUGGCCGAAAACUUCAUAUUCACGUACAUAGGCGUCUCGAUGUUCACUUUCCCGAAACAUCACUUCGAUCCGUGGUUCAUCAUCGCUGGUUUUAUAACGUCGACUCUCGGCCGCGCUAUCAACAUCUACCCGCUUUCGUUUCUGCUGAAUCUGGGACGCAAGCCGCCCAUACCCAUGAACUUCCAACACAUGCUGUUCUUCUCAGGUCUGCGCGGCGCGAUGUCGUUCGCGCUGGCGAUCCGCAACACGGUGUCGGAGGCGCGGCAGGCGAUGCUCACCACCACGUCGCUGAUCGUCAUCGCCACCGUGGUGCUGCAGGGCGGCGCCGCCACGCACGCGCUCGCCUACCUGCGCAUACCUACAGGGCAAGGGCAAAGCGAUGAGAAUGAAGCGUUGCCUUACCGUGACGUCAGAAGUCUCUACCAGGCCACGGACACCGGUGGACCGCGAGGCCGCAUGGUAGUUAAGUGGUCUAAUGGCGCGAAGGAGGUGAUUAUGCCUUGGCAACUAAACAGUUACGACGAGACGCCGCACGGCAGCGACGGCGGCGGCGGGCAGAAGGCGCGGCUGGCGCGCGUGUGGGGCGCGGUGGACGCGCGCCUGCUCAAGCCGCUGCUGACGCACGCGCGGCCGCCGCUCACCGACACGCUGCCCGCCUUCAUGCGGCCGGUCGCCAGGCUGCUCACCACCACGCACCAGUACACGCAAGGGGAUAGCACAUUACGCCGAACGGAUUCUGACUCUGAUCUUUGCAUUGACGAACCUCAAGCCAUGCCUACGAGCAUUGACCCACAGCUAUCAAUUAAUGUUCGGAAUGGAUAUGGGCAUGUCUGAGCUUUUUAGCGUUUGUGAUCCUCAACUGUGAUAUGAGUUUCUCUAUGUAGCAUAUAGGAAAAGAAUGAUUAAUAGGAAAUUUUUAAUUAUUGCACGCAGCAAUUAUGGCCUGGAGUCGUGGACACGCGGAUUUCUGUUGAAGGUAUCACUGGGAGUAAUAUCUAGACGAUUGACGUGAGAAAGGAUUACUGAAAUAAACGCCUCGAUAAUGCAAAGAGUAAACUAAAUCACUUUUCACGCUCGAUACAACGCAAACAAAUGUUUAUAUCCUCAUGGCCAGUGAAAAUGAUUGAAAUUGAAUUUAUUUUUGUGUAGUUAAUAAGUACACGUGUCUUGUUUCACUUAUUGAUGUGAUAUUGAUGUAAUCUUAUAUCUGAUUCUGCGACAGGGAUAAAGAAUCUUCAAUAGACAUAUUUAGUAAAUAAUAUAAACAAUACAAAUGUAUGUAUUGUUGCGAGAGUCGUGUAUAUAGAACUCUCAACAGCUAUAUUUCGGAGUUAGUAUUCACAUCUGUAUCAUUUGUUUCCAUUAGCAAAAAAAAUUAUUUUUAGUGAUUGUCGGAGUUAGUGUGCAGUUAAAUAGAUUCAUGCCAUGUAGACUUGAAUGGUAAAAUUAAGUAGUACAACGAACUUUGUUUCAUUCAGCGACUUGCUAGUAUUUCUUAUAAUAAAAUUAGCUAUGUUUUAUUUCAAAGCAUGUAUUCGUCGCAUCAAAGCAAAACGUAACGCAUUUUAUUCUGCUAUAGCUUGCAAUGUGGUACUUCUUAUUAUAAAAAAGGUUAAAUUGAUCCUCAUCUAUUUAUUGUUAUCCAUCAAAUGGGCUAUUUUUUUAAACUAUUGGAAAGGUAUAAAUCGUUUUGUUAUUUUUCGAUUAACUUAUUGAAUAUUAUUUAUCACAGACUAUAGUAUUACUUUGAAAUUCUCAUAUGUACAUAUUACUAAAGGCAAGGUUUGUAAAACCAUCUAUUUAAAUGAACUGCUUUUAUUGAUGUAUGUAAUUGUGUAUUUACUAUACCAAUAUUUUGUCAUCAUUAUUCUGACAUAAGUUGUUUCGUCUAAAUGUAAUGGGGCUACCAGUGGCUAAUUCCACUGGUAAAGAAUCUUUAGCGGCAAGUUACAAAUUUCAAGAAAUUUGCUUUUGUAAUAAAAUUUCAAUUUAUCACUAUUUCAUAUUGUUAUUAGCAACCUUUAGCGUACAUUUUUUAUUAUUAACAAAUACAAAGUAAAUUUUCUGAAUUCCAUAUUAUUUUUCAAAGAUGAAUGUGAACACAUCUUUCAUUCAUUUUAUUUUCCAGUGUAAUGUUUUCUUACCAAAAAAUGUUUCUAUGACUAAUAAAUUUUUUCUUGAAA